AUGUCAGCUGGCGACAAGAACGGGGGCAGCCGCUCCAGCAGCAGCCGCCUGCAGAGCAAGAAGCCCCCCAACCUCUCCAUUGUCAUCCCCCCCCGGGAGGCAGAGGAGGACGGCACCCGCAAGGAGCCCUCCAAGGUCCCCAUCUACCGAAAGAGCAAGAGCCUGCAGGAGCCCCGCUCCAAGGGAUGCGAGGGCUCGGAGCGGCGGCCUGGCUUCCGCCGGCAAACUUCCCUGUCCCAGAGCAUCCGCAAGGGCACGGCACAAUGGUUUGGCGUCAGCAGCGACUGGGAGGGGAAGCGGCAGCAGUGGCAACGCAAGAGCUUGCAACACUGCAGCAUGAGAUAUGGGAAGCUGAAGCCUGCCUACCGCGACAUGGAGCUGCCCAGCCAGGAGGUGCCUUCCUUCCAAGGCACCGAGUCACCCAAACCUGCCAAGAUGCCCAAGAUUGUGGACCCGCUGGCCAGGGGCCGUCCCUUCCGCCACCCUGAUGAGACCGACCGUCCCCACACACCCCACCACGUCCUGGCCCCGCUCACCCCUGGUGUCGUCUCCUUGGCGUCCUUCAACAGCAUCCGCUCUGGCUACGGCCACCUGCCACGCAGGAAGAGGGAGUCGGUCGCCCACAUGAGCUUCAAGGCAGCUGCGGCCCUUCUCCGCGGACGCUCUGUCCUGGAGCCACUGGCUCCCAAGCAGAGAACCACCAAGAGGAGCUUCAUGUACCCCAGCUUCAUGGAUGAGGACAUAGUGGAUGCUGCCGAUACACUGGAUUCGUCCUUCUUCAGUAAGGCAAGCACCAUGGACAUGCAUGACGAGAUGUACUCCAUGCCUGACGAUGUCUUCGAGUCGCCACCUCUAUCGGCCACGUAUUUACGCAUGCACCCAGUGGGAGAGGAUGCCAGGGUGUCCCCUGAGGGCGUCUGCCUUACUUCAGCCAGUGCUGACUCGGCUCCCCGGCGAGGCAGGCGCAUUGCUUCCAAAGUGAAGCACUUUGCCUUCGACCGCAAGAAACGCUACUACGGGCUGGGUGUGGUGGGGAAGUGGCUGAACAGGACCUACCGCCGCAGCCUGAGCAGCAUCGUGCAGUCGCAGCUGGAGAUCACCGACAGCCACCGGCCGUAUUUCACGUACUGGGUCACCUUUGUCCACAUCCUCAUCACCUUGCUGGUCAUCGGCACCUACGGCAUCGCCCCCAUCGGGUUUGCCCAGCACGUGACGACAGAGUUAGUGCUGAGGAACAAGGGCGUCUACGAAAGCGUCAAGUACAUCCAGCAGGAAAACUUCUGGAUUGGGCCCAGCUCGAUCGACCUGAUCCACCUGGGAGCCAAGUUCUCCCCCUGCAUCCGGAAGGAUCGGCGGGUGUAGCGGCCCAUCCAGCGCGAGCGGGACCGGGAGCGCGGCUCUGGCUGCUGUGUCCAGAACGACAACUCAGGCUGCAUCCAGACCCUGCCUCAGGACUGUUCGGAGACACUGGCAACCUUCAUCAAGUGGCCAGGCACCAAUGCACCAGCCAUGGGCUCGGGGGAGAAGCGGACAUCGGGUGCCGUGUGUCAUCAGGACCCCAGGACAUGUGAGGAGCCAGCGUCCAACCCCCCCCAUGUGUGGCCAGACGAUAUCACCAAGUGGCCGAUCUGCACCUACGAGACCAAAACCAACCACACCGGCUUUGCCCACCUGGACUGCCAGAUCAAGGGCAGGCCCUGCUGCAUUGGCACCAAGGGCAGCUGCGAGAUCACAACACGGGAGUAUUGCGAGUUCAUGCACGGAUACUUCCAUGAGGAGGCAACACUCUGCUCACAGGUGCACUGCCUGGAUGAGGUGUGCGGCCUCCUGCCUUUCCUCAACCCAGAGGUCCCCGACCAGUUCUACCGCCUGUGGCUGUCCCUGUUCCUGCACGCCGGCAUCAUCCACUGUCUGGUGUCGGUGACAUUCCAGAUGACGGUGCUGAGGGACCUGGAGAAGCUGGCGGGCUGGCAUCGCAUCUCCAUCAUCUUCAUCCUCAGCGGCAUCACAGGCAAUCUGGCCAGUGCCAUCUUCCUGCCCUACAGGGCAGAGGUGGGCCCCGCUGGGUCCCAGUUCGGCUUGCUGGCCUGCCUCUUCGUGGAGCUCUUCCAGAGCUGGCAAGUGCUGGAGAAGCCCUGGAAAGCCCUCCUCAACCUCUUCGGCAUCGUCCUCUUUCUCUUCAUCUGCGGCCUCUUGCCGUGGAUCGAUAACAUCGCUCACCUCUUCGGCUUUCUCAGCGGCCUCCUCCUCUCCUUCGCCUUCCUGCCUUACAUCACCUUUGGCACGGUGGACAAGUACCGUAAGCGAGCCAUGAUCAUCGUCUCCUUGCUGGUCUUCGUGGGGCUCUUUGCCUCGCUGGUGGUCUGGCUCUAUGUCUACCCGGUGAACUGGCGCUGGGUGGAGUAUCUCACCUGCCUGCCCUUCACCAGCAAGUUCUGCGAGAAGUACGAGCUGGAGCAGGUCCUGCACUGA